UUGAUGGUGGUGGAUGGUGAUGGUUGGUGGUGGGUAGUGAUGGGUGGUGGGUGGUGGUGGUUAGUGAUGGGUGGUAGUGGCGAGUGGUGGUGGUGAGUGGUGUUAGUUAAUGAGUUUUUUAAUUGUUUGUAACUAUUUUUUGAUUUAUAUGAAUAUUAUUUUAUAAUUUUAAUUAAAAAAAUUGUGUGGUUUAAAUUUCUUUUUGUUCUCGCCACAAGAACCCUAAUUGAUCACCUGUUUAAGAGUUCAAAGGCGGUUCCUACAAGGUUAAUCAAUGAUGAGAUUUUUUCUUCAUCUUCUCUUGUUGUCCUCCCUUUAUCAUCUCGGCGUCCUACUUUAUCAUCAGUGAUUGAUGCCCAACCGCACCCUUUGUCACUAAUGAAUGGCGAGAAUCGGCAUUGCUUGCGUCCCUCGGACCCAAACCGUCUCAUCAGGUGAAGUAGGAAGAGAAUGAUUUAUCAUAGGAAGUUUGAGCAACCUGUACAUGGCUCCAACAUAUUGCUCGCCGUAGAGGUUGAGGUAUACAUUUUUAAAAAUUUUUUUGUUACAUAAGCUAGGAAUUGUAUUUUUUUGUUGUGAACAAUGAUGUUUCCUCCUUAGUUUGUUGUUAUUAUCUGCUUUUACUUAAUCGUUGUUGGCAUAAUCACUUGAGCUACUGAUAGUCUGAUACUCUUAGAGCUAAAAGAACAUUCUGGUAUGAUAAAGACUUGUUGUCUUUUUUAUUAGACUUUAAUGAAAAGCAGAUGAUGUAUUAUCUGAAAGGCUUUCUUAUGCAAUGCCUUCUUUAGUUGGGAAGUUGUUCUUGUAUACUCAACUUUAGGAAGUCGUGCACUCUGUGCCACAAUGCUCCAUGGAUCUGCUCAAGUAGUUGUCGGAUCAUCCGAUGGAAUAAUCCACAUGUUCUCAGUCGAUUACGUCUCCCGAGGACUCGGAACUGUUGUCGAGAAAUACUCCGGAAUCGCUGAUGUCAAACAGAAUGGAAUCGGAGAAGGUGCAAUUCUAACACUGUUAAACUACUCUUCGCAUGGUGAUGACGGGAAAAUGAUUCACAACUGUGGAAUCCAUUUGUCGGAUACGCGACAGAAUUCAAACGCAUGGAAUACGAAAGUGAUUCCAGAAGAGGGUUAUGUUUCUACUCUUGUGACAAGUCCAUGUGGGAAUUGGUUUGUUUCGGGGUCUUCUAUAGGGGGUUUGACUUUAUGGGAUUUGAGAUUUGGUAUACCUGUGAACUCAUGGCAGUAUUCUGUUCCAUGUCCUGUUGAAGACAUGUGUCCUUUUGCCCCUCCUCAGAGUACCACGUUGUCUACAACUGUUAGGCCACUUGUUUAUGUUGCUGCAGGUUGUAAUGAAGUUUCUCUCUGGAAUGCAGAAAAUGGGAGUUAUCCUCAGGUGUUGAGAGUUGCAAAUAAUGAGAGCGAUGGUGAGAUUUCUGACAUGCCUUGGGCAUUGGCUAGAGCAUCUACAUCUACAUCUAGCAAGACAAAUUCAAAAGGUGAUUCUAGAAGGAAUGUGAAUUAUAAGUGUAGAGUAGAUGAGUUGAAUGAACCUCCUGCUAGAUCACAUGGAAUCCGUUCAUUGCUACCUUUACCUGGUGGAGAUUUAUUAACCGGUGGGACCGACUUAAAAAUUCGUCGAUGGGAUCAUUUUUGAAGAUAUUGGGCCACAUGGGCCAAAGGUGUUAAUAUACAACUUAUGGCUGAAUGAUGAAGGCGUUUAUGAAUUAAACUUUGAUUAGGAUGAUGAGGAUAUAAAAUUGAAUGAUUUCACCAAAGAUAUUGGGCUACUACUUUCUUGGGUUAUAAUGAUGGGAUGGUUGUUACUAUCAUCGAUGUAAACUCACCCUACUUAUAAGCCUUUCGAACUCUUCAGAGAUGUCAAGAAACUUGGAUCAAGUUAGUUUUGAAAAAAAAAAGAGUUUUCAAAAUCUACAGAGCUUCACGAGGAGAAUGGUUGUUACUAUCAUCGAGACCUCACUCAUGGUAGCUGUUGGAGUGGUAACCUAUGUCAAUAUACCAUGUGGUCUUCAUUCUUUGUUGGAAUUUGUUAGAAGAGUAACUAAUUGUAAGGAUCGACUAACUAAUAUUGUAUUUUGCUUCUUAUGUUAAUAACAGCUAAUUCGAUCUCAUCCCAAAAUGAAGUCAUACAUUAGACUAGACUUUGAUGUUGGUAAGGCACUCUCCUUUUCCUAUAAUGGAAGGGAGGUCAACAGCUAUAUUUACACAAAGAAAGAACAUUGGACUACAAAAAUCCCAUUCAGACUGUAUUAUGUGGUUCAUUCAGUUGACUAGAUCUCUUCAAAUAUCUUGUAUUCAUUUAGUUUUGAUGAACAUUGAUUACCAUUGUUUUGUUGUGGUUUUCAGGGGCAACACCAAAGGGUAUAUUUGGGGAUAACAAGAUUUACUAUCGACCAUGUUAAUAGCCACAUACAGGUAAAUCUCACUUUUUCAUUAUUAGAGGUCUUAGGUCCAGAUACAUUGUUUGUAUACAUAUAAAUUGUUUUGUAUACACCAAUCAUCAUAAAAAUUAAACUAUUACUAGCCUUCUGUUGUUUUGUUUUAUUUUGUUUUGUAGAAAUAUAGAAUUUCACCAAAUUUAUUCCCGAAACAUCGAGACGUAAGCUUUGUGAUCAUUUAUUUAUUUCGAUCAACAUGACGUAUUAUUAUCACAGUCUUAACAUUCUUGGAUUUACCAACUUAGAUUAUAAAUGCAAGAGACAAGUUUUUUUGCAUUCUUGUUAAUUCAUUAGGAAACAACCGCUAAACAAAGCAUUAUAAAUGCAAGUGGAAGUUCAAAGGAGAUCACCAAAGGAGCUAUCAAAUAUAAAUUCAUGGGAAAACACAAAGAAAGCAUAUGUGGAAGCUAAGUUUACACAAAUCAA